CAUGGCCUUACCAAGGUGUUGCUCUGCGACGUCGUGGGGGACGGCGGUGUCCUCGGCAGUGUCAACCUUCCCGCACGCCUCCAGGCUCGCGAGGAGCUGCGACUGAACACGAACGGAGGCGUGCUGUUGCCCGUCCACGUCCGGCCGAACGGCGAUAUCGUCGCGACGUCCUCCGAGGCAUGGGGCGAGAAGAUGGAGGUCCUGUUCUGGCGCGGGGCGGACGUUUCGAAGUCCCCUGAGCCAGCCGCGAGCUUUACGCUCGAUUGUGGAGUCGAGGACGGCGAUACGAUCUACCCGAUCUGCAGUGAACCUCUGGACGAGAAGACGCGCUUGCUCGCCGUCUACGAGGCGUUCGGUAGCGUGCUCCAGAUGGGGUGCGCCUGCCAGACGUCGAUCUUCGCCAUUGACGCGGAGACCAUGACCAUCCGGUGGCACGCGAAUCCCAUCGGAGGCUGGGUGCACACCAUUCGGUACGUUGCUGCGCUGGACGUCAUCGUCGCCUUCGGACGGCAUCAACAUGACGACGACCAGAAGCGCGACAGGUUCCAGUACGUAGUUGUCCUCGACGCCACGACUGGCAGCCAGCGGCGGAUGGAGACGAUCAACUACAGCGUGCAGCGCAGUGAAGUGAUAUACAGCGGCCUCAGUCGGAUUGCAGAUGACUUCGUAGUCGUCGUUGUUUUCGACGACGGGUCAACGUGCGCUGUCGACUUGAGGCAUUUCCUCGAACAUGGCUUCCUGAGGGAAGGACAGCGAUUGGUGGUUUCCAGGUCGCCGCUGGGAGAAGGGUCCGAUGUCAAGGAAGCAGCCGUGUCUGGGCAGACGGUGAUCGCGUCCGUUGUCGAUGGUAGCGGGUCUCGUAGCUUGUAUUUCAGUCUCCCGUAGAGAUCCAGGAGAACGGCUAAGAUGACAUAGGAUGUGCUGCGUUGUUGUCCUUGAAUCUUGAUUGAUACAAUUGUGUGUACUGCUGUAUACUUCAUGACUUGGAUCAAAUUCGUUGGAUGUCGACUAGUCAAAUCGGAGCACUGCGUGAGCACAACGCAAGCACAAAGGGCGGAUGAAUCCGAAUAGACGUCCACGUCGACG